AUGCUUCCACCCCUGUCUUUGCCGUCGACGCCAGUCACGGCGAGCCCGGGACGUAGUCCGGCAGCGUUGGCGCCGCAGAGCCCUUGGAGCCCCUGGAUGAGCCCCCGGCAGAGCCCUGCAGGGCCCAGCACCAAGCGACUGCGGCGGGCGAGCUCCCAGACGUUCGCGGAGGGCUCUCCGAGCUUCGUCGCGAGGGACCUGUACCAGUCCCCGACUUUGCAUCCUGCCGGUGAUGGGGGCGGACUCACUGUCCAAGGUGCAGCACCACCCACAGAGAUCCGCCGCCUUUUAAGGCAGUGCAUUGGACACACAACUGGUGCAGACGAAGAAGUCCUGGAAGCUUUCGAGCUCCUCGCGGUCCUUUGGCAACAGGCUGGCCAGGUCAGUGGCCUGAGUUGGAUGAAUUGCAAGCUGGACUGGCUGCUUGCCGGCACAAGCGCUUGCUGGUUGCAGUGCGUUGAAUUGAGCUGUGCCCAGGGGCAACCUCAAAAAGAUCUGACCGAACUUUGCACUGAGAUGGCGUUGCUCUUGAGCGGAGGAUCCUCUCAGCGUUUCGAGUGGGGCUUUGCCUUUAUGGGCAACGACGCUGCCACGGGCUUGCCCUUUCCUGUUCAGCGUCGCCGCAACUCCCUGCCGACGGAACUUGGUGCAGCAACGCAGGGCGACCCCCGCAAAGUCGAGGAGCUCUUGCAAGAAGUGUCGAACAUCGAGGAUCACGUGGUCAGAUCCGACUUCUGGCUCGGCGCGUUGCAGAGCACUCUACUCCGCCUUCAGCGCAAUUCAGGUCGUCCCGACAGCCCGAUUUGCGAUGUUACCGGCGAGCGAAGCGCGGAAGAUCAUGCGGACGAGCUCCUGCUGCAGCAGGCCGAAGCAGCGAUGGAGCGAAUCGCCCCAUCGGACCGCCUCCUGGAGGUCCAGUUUGACACGGAGACGGGCUUCGGCAGCGCCGUCACGCGGUCCUUUUAUGCAGAGGUUGCCAGGGCACUGCAGAACAGGGCCACGAACCGAAAGGUUCCCAUGUGGGUCGAGGAUGAUUCAAGCAACAGCGGCAGCAGUGGCAGCGGCGGCGGGUCCAGUCAGCACCUACGCUGCCGCUCCGGGCUGUGGGUGCGUCCGCUACCACCAUCCAGCUCAAUGAGGGAGGCUGCCGAGCGCCGUUUCCGCUUCCUGGGCCGCCUGGUGGGGCGCGCACUAAAGGACGGCUUCAUUGUCCCAUUGCCACUGGGAGAGGUCUUUUUUGCCCGGACUCUCUUGGGUCAGAAGCCCGCCAAGCUGCACGAGAGCAGCAAACGAGAACCGUUGGCAGCGUUGCCCAGGCCUGGAGCGGGCUGCGCCGGAGAGCUGUGCGGCACCUUGGCCGAUUUCGUUGCUGCGCUGAAGUCGGGCGAGGAAGUUUUUCGCCGCAAGCGGGAAGAGGCGGGUCUAGGCAGGCCUCCGGCCGAAGAGCUGCGGAGCUGGCGCAGAUCUCAGGGUCGGGAGCGAGACUUCACCACGCGGUUUCUGGCAGCAGGAGCUAUCCCUGAGCCAAUGUCUUUCGAGGACUAUAUGUCCUUGGUUGGUGUCAGCUUCUUGGAGACGGGCCUCAGUGGUGCUCCUUUGUGUCCGGGUGGUGCUGAUCGGUCUGUCACAGUCGAGAAUGUCGAGGAGUUCGUCGAACUCGCCCACGCUUACUGGUGCGAUGAUGGAGUAAGGGGUCAGCUCACAGCCUUCCGAGAGGGCUUGGACGAGGUCAUACCGGUAGAGUGCUUCAGUGCCUUCAGUGCAUUGGAGCUACGCGACAUGAUAUGCGGGGAAGACUCCGUGGAGUGGGGCGAGCAAGAGUUACUGGAUCAUCUGCGUCCAUCAGGUGGUCUCACUGAACAAUCGCCGGCGUACCAACACUUGGUGGCUGUCUUGCUGGACAUGGAUCAGGUGAACCGGUCUCGCUUCCUCGAUUUCGUUUCAUCUUGCCCGCGAUUUCCACCCGGAGGUAUCGAUUCGUUCCACGUGGACGUGUUCCCAGACUCGACCGCAGGACGUGGAUUCCCACGAUCGCGCGCCUGCGCCAACCAGCUCUAUUUGCCCCUGUACAGAUCCAAAGAGGAAUUAAGGGAGAGACUCCAUGAGGCGAUGCAUGGUUCUGCUGGACAUCAUGAACAGGAGCAACGUAUCCUGGCAUCAUGA